AAAUCUAGAAAGUGACUCAGAGAGAGGGAUCGAGUUGAUGAUCCUCCAGAAACAGAGGAAUACGUUAGCCGAUCUCUUCUCUUCUCUCCACAUUUGGACUGUGACUCUUGUCCAUCUCAUCAUCAGCACUAACUCCCACCAUCUCUACAUACUCGCCACGCCUCUUUUCCCACCUCUAUAAACCUAGAAAAUAUCAAAAUCAUCAAAAACCCAUUUCUCUGUUUUUCUCUAAAACCUAAUUGGAAGAGGAUUUUAAUUUCUGUUUAACGAAAACCCUUUGUUGAUUUUUUGGUGGGUUAUUGAUUUGAAGGAAAAAAGAUUGGUUUUUUAUACGGAUUUGGAGAUUUUGAAAGGAGAUGGUUUGUUCAAGACCUAGUGUGCCUCCAUCGUGGAUGAGUGCGGCGGCAUCAAGAGUUGAUUUUGAAGGGAAUGUUUCUUCAAUGUCUGAUUCUAUUUUCACACCACCGCCGCCUGAUCCUGUUGGGGCUGCGAAUAAGAAUAUUGGUGCUGAUGUUAAUUUAGGGUUUGGAGAAAGAACUUUUUCUGCUGCUGGUGCUGCUGUUCUUUCUGUUAUUCUUGUUAAUCCUCUUGAUGUUGCCAAGACAAGAUUGCAAGCGCAGGCCGCGGGUGUUACAUACUCAAAUGUAACAGAAUAUAUUUGUGCUCGGAUGACAGCUUUUCGGACUAGCGGGAUGUUCUCGGAUUUGAGAUGUAGUCCAUCAUGUGCUCGUGCAGCGCUAUUUGGUCCAUCAUUUAUAUGCCCUCCUGAUUGCUUUACGUACAAAGGAACACUAGAUGUUUUCAAUAAAAUUAUUCAACAGGAAGGAAUUGCGAGGUUGUGGAGGGGUACAAAUGCUGGCCUAGCACUAGCUGUACCAACUGUUGCGAUAUACUUACCCAUGUAUGAUGUCAUCCGCAACUGGAUGGAAGAUCUUACCAUCAGGAAUGCUCCUUACUUGACAACUUAUGUACCUUUAGUUGCUGGCUCGAUGGCACGCUCAUUAGCCUGCAUUUCUUGCUAUCCUAUUGAACUUGCUAAGACCAGGAUGCAGGCAUUUAAAGAGGUCCAAGGUGGUGCGAAGCCUCCUGGUGUGUUGAAAACUUUACAAGGAGUUCUCCCAUCUUCUGGUUACUCCAAUAACAUGCAAAACUUGCAAAGAUACCGCACGUUGUGGACAGGAGUUGGAGCACAACUUGCUCGUGAUGUUCCUUUCUCUGCAAUUUGCUGGUCAACGCUUGAGCCGAUCAGGAGAAGGCUUCUUGGUCUAGUGGGUGACGAAGGCAAUGUAGCAGGAGUCCUUGGGGCCAAUUUUGCAGCAGGAUUUAUUGCUGGAGGCCUUGCAGCUGCUGCCACAUGCCCUCUAGAUGUUGUAAAAACACGAAGGCAAAUAGAGAAGGACCCAACCAGAGCAUUAAGAAUGACGACGAGGCAAACACUAAUGGAGGUUUGGAGAGACGGAGGAAUGAAAGGUCUCUUCACUGGUUUAGGGCCACGAGUUGCUCGUGCCGGUCCAUCGGUUGGCAUUGUUGUUUCUUUUUAUGAAGUGGUAAAGCAUGUAGUCCAUCAUCGGCGUGCAAAUGCUUUAUAUUAGUUGGACAUGAUUUAACUUUUGCAAUGUAUAUAUCAAACCAUAAAAUUUUGUUGGCAUUAGUUUUUUUUAAUAAAAUCUUUUGUCAAGUGAUUUGAUUCACGAAAAAAAUAAAUGUAAAUCAUUUUGGACGUGUUAGUAACUUACUAGUGACAUAACUAUGAGGAUGAGGGUUAGCUUGAUCAGCAAAGAAGUACCUUUCUAAAUACAUGGGUUCUUAAAUGAUUUGUAACUUAUAUUUUUGUUUCGU